AUGCUAUCACCAACGACCAGCAAUACCAUAUUCCCAAUGCCACCACCGCCACUCAUCACAACCCUGCCUGAUCCUAAUCCACUCGUGACCAAACCUUUUGACCAUCGCAAACAACUGGAUAAGUUUGUCAAAGAAUUUGCACCCCAGCAUGGGUACGGCAUCAUCAUUGGUCACUCUGGACGUGACCCCAAUCUCUACUGCAAAUACCAGUGCCAUCGCAGUGGCAAACCCGCAAAGCCAAAGGCCAGGAUUGGUGUCGACCAUGUCACUAAAAUCGAAUCCGAACCACCCAAGAAGAGCCGAUCCAUCAAGAUCGGAUGUCCCUUCGAGAUGAGGGCCUGUUUUGACCACCAAAGACAAACGUGGACUCUUGUUCACAAGAUUUCACAUCAUAAUCAUGAACCAAUGGAAAUAGUGAUUCCAGUCAUCACAACCAUCAUUUCAACGUCCUCUAUCCAACAGACAACCCCAACGACUGAACAACCACAAGCUCGAGAAGCAAGUCACGAGUCCAAGGAAACAACUCCAGAAACUAGCAUUCAAUCACAACUUGUCUCAAUUAACGAACAAAUCCUUUCAAUGGAGGCACCUCAACAAGAUGAGAUGAUCAAAUCAAUUCGCAAACUACUCAAUUCGGUAUGUAGUGUACCUGAAGAUGAGAUAUCAAACAAUAUCCGCAAGCCAAACAACGAGAUUGCUUUAGAUAUCUUGGACGACAUGGAAUACUUCCAGUCAUUUCAUCAACCUCAAUUACCCGAUGAUGUUGGAAAAGGAAUCGAUUUUGCUGUUGCCCUGAUGGAUCCAGAGAAAUCACCGACAACGCAGAGUCGCAUCAAUGAUGCACUAGACGUGACCCUCAACCUUAACCAGCAUUCCUUCGACUCUCUUGACUCUUUUCAGUAUGAAGAUCUUAUUCGGUCUCAUUCUCAGCCUAUGGAAAACAUUAUCCAGAACAAUCAAACUCAUCAUGAUUUUGAGAGCACACAUGAUACUGAUCUUAUCGCUCAAAACGGUCACACUUUUCAACACAUUGAUAGCACAAAUGAUUAUAUUACAAAGGUUCAGAACAAUCACACUCCUCACAAUUUUGAUAGAACCAAUGAGAACAAUAUUAAUACUGCUCAUGACCCUUCCAGCCAACACAAUGCAACGAACAUCAGCUCGGAGGUCAUAUCCGCUAUUCCCAGCACCCAACAAAUCCCAUCAGCUAACGAUCCACUUCAAACCCACCCCGUUACCAAGCAAUGUAAUACUUCCACUGUCAAAGACAAUGCACAAGUUUCACCCCGUCGAACUCGAAGUAAAGUAGCUGCUGUUCAUGCUGAAGAGGAAGUACAGUCUGGUCUCAAUCGAAGAACACGUAGUGCUCUGAGCGGAAAGAAGCGCAAGUGUAACAGUUGA